CUGAUGGCUGCUGCCUUUUUUUCUCCUCCCCGUUGAUUAUAACCACAGGAUGGCCUUCUGCUGGAGCAACGCCUCCGUUCCAAUCCUCGGCCUCCUGUCUCUGCUCCUCCUCCUCCUCCUCCUCUUUCUGCUUCCCCCCCACCACCACCACCAUGAUGAGCUCCAUGCCCCGCCGCCAUCAGCAGCCGUCAUCACAUACCCUUUAUCUUUCCGUGAGGCCCCGGAGUUUAGGAAUGGAGAAACAUGCUCCUCGAGCCUUAACUCCACCAUUCAUAUUGCCAUGACCCUUGAUGGUAACUAUCUCCGUGGAACAAUGGCGGCGGUGCUCUCAAUUUUGCGGCAUUCCACCUGCCCGGAAAAUGUGGCUUUCCAUUUUCUGUGGGUGAGGCAUGAGGCGGAGGUAUUGUCACGCCUCAAAUCCACAUUCCCUUAUCUCAGUUUCAAAGUUUACACCUUUGAUGCGAAAAGGGUUCGUGGGUUGAUUUCCAAGUCGAUUCGGCAAGCUUUGGACCAGCCCUUAAACUAUGCUAGAAUUUAUCUUGGCGAGAUACUGCCACAAGAAGUUAAGCGCUUGAUUUAUCUUGAUUCUGAUAUUGUGAUGGUGGAUAAUGUUGCCAAGCUUUGGGGGGUGGAUUUGAAGGAAAAUGUCCUGGCUGCACCAGAAUAUUGCCACGCAAACUUCACGAGAUAUUUCUCCCAGGAAUUCUGGUCGGACUCAGAGUUGUCGAGAACAUUUGAAGGGCGGCAGCCCUGUUAUUUCAACACGGGGGUGAUGGUUGUGGAUGUGGAGAAGUGGAGAAAUGGGAAUUAUACUCAGAAAGUUGAGGAUUGGAUGGUUGUUCAGAAGCAGAAGAGAAUUUAUCACUUGGGUUCUUUGCCACCGUUCUUGCUUGUUUUGGCAGGAAAUAUUGAGCCUGUUGAUCACAGGUGGAAUCAGCAUGGAUUGGGUGGUGAUAAUAUUGAAGGAAAAUGCAGGGGCUUGAAUCCUGGCCCGAUUAGCCUCCUUCAUUGGAGUGGCAAGGGGAAGCCUUGGCUGAGGUUGGAUUCAAAAAGACCUUGUAGUGUUGAUCAUUUAUGGGCUCCUUAUGAUCUUUAUCGUAUGUCCAAGCAUUCUUUUGAAGAAUGAUGAUCAAAUAGUUCGUAGCCGACCUUUACUUAGUCAGACAUUGGUAUUUCAAAGAGAUAGUGAAGGGGAUGGCAUAUUAAUUAGGAUGUUGGUAAAGAGAUGAAACCAUAAGGAGUAUUAAGAAAUUAACUAAGAAUUAGGAAAGCAAAACAUACAUAAAAAAGGUCUUGGAGUUUGUAAAGCACACACAUGCUUUUGUUUUAUCUUUUUAUUUUUUGUUUGCAUUUUAAGGUCAGAGGAGAAGAGGAGGGAAGAUAGUAUUGUAAGCAAUUUUGCAGGAAGUCCCAUCUUAGCAGGUGUCAACUACUGCGUUUGUCAAAAUAGUUUCCCGAUUUAGGGACAAAGUAGUUUGCUGAGUGCUCAAUGAUACUCAGGGGCUUGAUGAUCUUCUGGAAAUCAGAUAAUUCAUUACCCUCUAAUCGGACUUGUGUAUUUGUUUUCACUUUUUUCCUUUCAUACUAUUUAGUUGUGUAUAGUACUUGGAAUCAAGUAUCAUAACUUGAAAUA